CUCCCCCGCGGGGCCCAGAGCUCCGGCACCGCAGGCCCCGGCCCCCAGCACCGGCGAGGCGGCGAGAGCAGCCCGGGAACCGCGGCCUCUCCGCCGCAGCGGGGCGGGCGGGGAGGCGGGGCGGCGGCCCCGGCUCCGGCCCCGGCACCUUCCCCUUCCCCUGCCGGUGCCGGGCCGGGGCCGCUGCUGGGCAGCCCGGGGGGACGGCGGGCGCGGAGCCCGGAGUAAGCGGGGCCGGGGCCCCCCAAGCAGAAAUUCAAGCAAAUGCUUCAGCUCCUCAUUCCUGCCUGCUGACUGCACUGGGGUGGCCAUGACUCAACCCAGCUUCCAGGACUGAGGGGCAGAGGUGGUGAGAGACCUGUCUCAGAGUGAGACCCCACAAUGGCGCUGAUGGAGAGCGUGUACUCAGUGGAGCCGGCACCUGAUGGUGCCGCCCCCACCUCGCUGGAUAUGCUCAUCUUCUUGGAUGCCCCGGUGAACAGCACAGAGGAGCAAUGCUUCAGUGCCCGCUCCCACAGCACCGUCCUGGAAGGGCUGCCCUUCGGGGGAGUGCCCACUGUGCUUGCCAUCAACUUCAUCCUCUGGCUGCUUCUCCUUCUGGUCUUCUCCUGUCUUCGGAAAGCGGCUUGGGACUACGGGCGCCUGGCGCUGCUGAUGGACAAUGAUAGUCUGACCUCGCUUUUCUAUGGAGAGCAGAGCGAGAAGGAGAAGUCCCCGUCAGAAAGCAGCCCCCUGGAUGCCGACAACAAGGAUGUGGGAUUCUGCUCCUGGCUCAUUUCUAUCUACCAAAUGAAGGACGAGGAGAUUCAGAGCAAGUGUGGGAUCGAUGCCACCACCUACCUCUCCUUCCAGCGGCACCUCCUGGUCUUGCUGAUGCUGGUCUGUGUGCUCUCCGUGGCUGUCAUCCUGCCCGUCAACUUCUCAGGGGAUCUCCUUGGACACAAUCCCACCCACUUUGGCCGGACAACCAUCGCCAACAUCCCAACACAAGACCGUCUCCUGUGGCUGCACAGCAUUUUCGCCCUCAUCUAUUUCAUCCUCACCAUUCUUUGCAUGGCUCACCACUCUGUCCACCUAGAAUACAGAGAGAACGAGAAGGUCGCCCGGACACUGAUGGUUACCCACAUCCCCAAGGAGAUCACAGACCCUUCCCUUAUCAUCAAGCAUUUCCACGAGGCUUAUCCCAGCUGCACCAUCACCAACGUCCAGUUUUGCUUCGACGUGCGCAAGCUGAUGAAGCUGGAUGCAGAGAGGCGCAAGGCAAUGAAGGGACGGCUUUACUUCACCACCAAGGCACAGAAAGAGGGGAAGAUCAUGAUCAAAACCCACCCCUGCGCCCACAUCUUCUGCUGCCGCUUCUGUGGCUUUGAGCAGGUGGAUGCUGAGCAGUACUAUGGGGAGCUGGAGGAAAAGCUCACAGAUGAGUUCAAUGCUGAGCGCAACCGCAUCACGCUCAAGCGGCUGGACAUGGCCUUCGUCACCUUCCAGGAUGAGCGGAUGACAGCUGUGAUUUUGAAGGACUACAGCCACAUCCGCUGCCGCAAGCACCCCCAGCAAUCCUCUGUCACCACCGUGGUCAAGUCACACCACUGGGGCGUUCGCUAUGCCCCUGCACCCAGCGAUAUCAUCUGGGAGAAUUUGUCAGUCCGUGGCACAUCCUGGUGGGUGCGAUUCAUCCUCCUUAAUAUCUGCCUGUUCGUCCUUCUCUUCUUCCUCACCACACCAGCCAUCAUUGUCAACACUAUGGACAUGUUCAAUGUCACACACCCUGUGGAGAGCCUCAAGAACCCCAUCAUCACCCAGUUCUUCCCCACGCUGCUGCUCUGGGCUUUCUCUGUCUUCCUGCCCUUCCUUGUCUACUACUCAGCGUUCUUCGAGUCUCACUGGACAAGGUCAAGUGAAAAUCAGAUCACCAUGCACAAGUGCUUCUUCUUCCUGGUGUUCAUGGUUAUCAUCCUUCCCUCGCUGGGUCUGAGCAGCUUGGACCUGUUUUUCCGCUGGCUCUUUGACACCCACUUUCUGGACGAAGCCGAAAUCAAGUUCCAGUGUGUUUUCCUCCCAGACAACGGCGCUUUCUUUGUAAACUAUGUGGUCACCUCCAGCCUAAUUGGGACAGCUAUGGAGCUGCUGCGCAUCCCAGGCCUCCUUGUGUACACUGCCCGCCUCUGCUUUGCCAAGUCUGAGCCCGAACGGCUCCAUGUCAAACGGAGCCAAGCCUACCAGUUCCAGUUUGGACUAGAGUACGCCUGGACCUGCUGUAUCUUCUCUGUUGUCAUGACCUACAGCAUCACCUGCCCCAUCAUCGUCCCCUUCGGGUUGCUCUACAUGCUGCUCAAGCACAUGGUUGACCGGUACAACAUUUACUACGUGUACAUCCCCACUAAGCUGAACCAGCGCCUCCACGUGGCCGCCAUCAGCCAGGUCGUGGUGGCCCCCAUCCUCUGCAUGUUCUGGCUGCUCUUCUUCUCUGUCCUGCGCCUCGGUCCCACCCGGCCUGUCACCCUCUUUACCUUUGUGGUCCUCCUCUCCUGCAUCAUCUUCUCCUUCUUUGGCCUCUGCCUGAAGAAGUUGCAGCCACGGAAACCCUCCAGCUACCAGAUGUCUGACCAGUCUGAGGGCAGCUUCAAUGACGUGGAGCGGAGCAGUGUUUCCUCUACCCCUAACUCCAAUCUUUUUGUGGCCACUGUCCUGCAGGAGCCUGAGCUGAGCCUGACGCCAGCGGCCUCUCCGGCACACCAGUCCUAUGGCACCAUGGGCAACCAUCUGGAGCCAGGAGAGGAUGGGGAGGAUGGGGGGCUGCAGAGCUUCGAGACAGAGCUGGAGACAGUGGAGGGCGAGUACAGAAGCGGCCCUGUGAUGGAGAGCCAGGCUCGCUACCAGUGAACAUCCAUGCUGCCGGCUGAGGACCAACCAUGCUGAGAAUGGAGGAUGUGCCAUGGGGCAGGAAGGAGCCUUCCCAGCACUGGUGGGGGCCAUCUCUCUGAUGGCACAGGGGGUGACAGGACUGAUGUGAGGGGGAGACCUAUUGCAUGGGAGGUGGCAGGAGGCUCUGCUGGUCCUUCCCGCUGCCUGGACUGGCUGAGCCCCCUAAUGUCCCCCUGUCACCACCUGCCUCUUCCAGCCCACAGUGGGGAAGAGGGGGUGCAGCAGUAUAGGGAGAGGGUCUCUCUGAGAGGCCAUGCUUUUGGGGGCAGGAGGAAGGCCCUUGCCCCUCUUUGAGAAGGAAGCAGCCCAGACAGCACAGACGAAUGUGCCCACCACCACAUGGUCCUGUAGGUCCUCAGUGGCAGAGGACAGCCACCUCUAACCCUUGCAUCCCACCCCACCCACCCACUGCUCAGGCAGCCAUCUCACUACCUCCCCUGCUGCUGGCCAUCCAGGCUGCUGCCUGCCCCUGCUUUGCCCAUUAAAGCAGAGACUGCUGACAUGCGUGUGCAUUGGUGGAGGAGGUGAGUGCCCAGGGCAGCUCCUACAUCUGCCUGAGCACCAGUGGCCCUGCCCCAAGGCAGGCAUCAAAUGCAAGCCAGCUCUUCCUCAACUUCUCACCCCAUCCUUCCAUCUCGCUACACUAUGCCUACACCCUUGGGCUCUUGGGGAGAAGUGGGAGGUCAAGGGACAAGUCUGUUUAAUGGCUACAAGAGCAGCUCCUUGUCAUUCCUCUCCCCUGGCAGUAUCCCCCUCGUGCUCAUGCUCUCCCUGGGGCUGCCCAUGACACCCAGCAUGGCUCUGUCCUGUUGCAACAGAAAAGCAGGGUGAGGGCUAGCAGGACCCAGACUUCCAGGUCCUCCUAGUCCACCACAUCCUGCCUGCCCUCACCCACAAGCCACAGCUGUGGGAUGCUCCCCCAGCAGCCACACUGCCUCUCGAGUGUGAGUCCUGCUGUGGUUAGUGUAAGCGCCAAUUCCUGCCCAGACAGCAUCCCUGGAGUUUUCCAGCUCGGCCAGAGUAUCUGUGGUGGCCGCUGGGGACGAGGGCUUAUCCUCAGUCCCUCUCCCACCAUAGCCCACCCGGGCAUGCUGGCUCCUUGUUCAGCCCUUCUUAGGCCUCAGGGCUGAUUUUCCUGUCCUUGAUUCUUCUGCUAGCUUCAGAGCAACUCAAGUUGCCACCAUCCUGGAGUGGGGAAGGGAGGAUAGUGCAGCUCUGCCAGCACCGGGGCUGCCGGAAUGGUGAGUGCUGCUGUGCGAAGGCAGGUGCUCAGCUAUGGCACUGCUCAGUAUUAGUGGUGCCACUGGUGGGGGGGGCAUAGUGUGCCAGAUCUGGGCGGGGGGGGGAUUUAAAAGACAGCCCAGAAGCGAGUUGUGGGUCUCAGUUGGACUCAAGUGGACCCUGGGACAUUCCUGUGAUGCUGGUGGGUCUCGGCCCAGCCAGCUGGCAACCCCAUGGCCCCAGUCCCACCCACGCUCCUGCAUGCUAGGGCAGUGGCUGCAGCACACUGUCUACCCAAGCAGUUGCCUCGGGUGAGUCUUGAGCUCAGCUGCUCCCUCCCAACCCCAAAAAGUAUCCCAGGGGUUUGGUGGCUUCCUGCCCACAUGCCCCCAUGGCUGUCCACAGCUCAGCCACUGCCCGCUCCAGGGGCAGCCCCAAACAGGGCAGGGGGAUGCUGGUGGCCUCUCUGAGGGUGGAAGCAAGUGCCUGUGAGUGGCACUGUGUCCUCAGGAGCUGAGGCUGCUGGUCUGAUUGCCCUUGGCUGCCCCACUGUAGGAAUGUGCCAGAGGUCUGUACCUUCUUGUGAUUUAUUGCUAUGACCGUGCCUUGAAUAAAACGACUUCACCCA